AUGUCCAUCAAGUACGCCAAAGAUCAGCCCGCAGGCUUCACCAACCGUAUUGAGAACGUGGCCAUUAUUGGAGCUGGAGGCCAAGUUGGCAAGUAUAUUGCUGAGGAGCUGCUCAAGACCGGAAAGCACACUGUUACCGCCAUUACCCGUAUUGGAAGCAACAGUGGGCUUCCUGCUGGGGUCAAAGUCGUCCAAGUCGACUAUGAUGACGAAGAGACCAUCGUUGAUGGGCUCAAGGGCCAGCAGUUCCUCUUCAUCUCCCUUGCCGUGACAGCUCCUAGAGAUACUCAGACCAAAGUCAUCGCUGCAGCAGCCAAGGCUGGUGUGUCGUGGAUCAUGCCCAACUCGUAUGGCGGCGACUUUGCCAACAAGCAACUUCUGACGGACAUCAUGACCGCUCCCGGUGCCCAAGCUUCCCAAGCUGCUGUUGAUGCCAUAGAAAAGGCCGGUAUGUCUUGGGUAUACAUGAGUUGCAGCUUCUGGUACGAGUACUCGCUUGCCAUGGGUGAACCAUGGUAUGGCUUCGAUAUUCCAAACAAAAAGGUCACCUUUUACGAUGACGGCAAGACACGCAUCAACACGUCAACCUGGAUACAAUGCGGUAGGGCGGCGGCACAGCUUCUUAGCCUCAAGGAGCUGCCUGACGAUGAGAAUGACCAAUCGCCUACUAUCUCUCAGUGGCGCAACAAAAUCCUUUACAUCUCCAGCUUCCUCGUCUCUCAGAGAGACAUGCUCGACAGCGUGCACCGGGCGUUGGGAACAACCGAUAGCGACUGGCAGAUUGAAUAUGAGCCAACAGACGUCCGGUUCAAGCGAGGGCAGGAGAUCUUCAAGACCGGCAACAUCAUCGGCUUUGGUAUGGCCAUGUACUCGCGCGUAUUUUAUCCCAAUGGCGACGGCAACUUUGAGUCCAAGUAUGGUCUGGCCAAUAAGGUGCUGGGACUACCGGAAGAAGACUUUGAUGAAGCAACCAAGCUUGCAGUUGAGAUGGCUGAGGCUGGAUUUGGGCCUCGCCGGCUUCAGACGAUUAGCGCAUUGAGACACUGA